CACUGAACUAAACAUGGCUUCGUCUAUGCUGCACGUGACUCGGAAUUGCUCGUUCGUUUGGCGCCAAGCGCAGCGAUCAGCUGUUUGGCAAGAUGGCGAUAUCACUGAGUUCUGAAGGGGGCAUGAAAGAUCUAGACGAAUACUCAUUGAGGAUAUAUAAAUCCGAUCCAAGGGACACCAACUACCAGCGUUUGCCUAAAUGCUGGAACGCAAAGGAUCGCUCCAGGGGCUUGAAGUUGUCGCACUUCGCUCUUACUGUCUCUUAUGGCAGUGCAUAUUCGGACCGCCAUGGUAUUUAACGGUUUGAUUGCCUAGUCUUUUUUUACCUUUAGAUACUUCUUAUGGUGGCCAUGAUCCGUCUUGUGUCCGUUCUGAUUCUCCGAUACCACUCACCACUGGCAUAUACUACUUCGAGAUGACUGUAUCGAGUAAAGGCAACAACGGGUAGUUAUCAAAUAUCUGUGACACAUACCAUCUUUUAGAAAAUCCAUGGCGAUUGGCGUAGCAACGAAGACUUCAAGUUUGACGAAACUCCCUGGUUCGGAGCACAGUUCCUUUGGCUACCACAAUGACGGAUCGGUGUACCAUGGGUCUGCCAGCGCAGGAAUCAAAUUCGGUCCCCGCUUUGGCGAAAACGAUACUGUUGGCUGUGGAGUGGACUUCAUGUCCCGUAGUUUGUUUUUUACUCGCAACGGUGUUUUCCUCGGGAAGGCAUUUGAAGGCAAGGUACCAGCUAGUCCUGCAACACGUUUGUAUCCGGCCGUUGGUUUAAUGGGCCGAGGAGCUCGCCUAACAACCAAUUUCGGACAGCGUCCUUUCAGUUACGCCUUCGAAUCCUACAUCAAUCGGGAACGUGUUUUCAAGGAGAACAGCCUCAUCGACCGCGUAUGUAAGGAGGAAUUCGCCGGACCGAAAAUGCGGGAGUUGGUGUCUGGCUAUCUCGUACAUCACGGUUACGUGGCGACGGCGCAGGCAUUUUCACGAUGGGCUUCGGUAGCUCUUUCUGUAACCGAUGCGCAAUCAGAUAUGGCGGAAUCUCCGUCUCCUCUCAGCGCCACGACUAACCAAUCACCAGUCCAUUAUGACAAGCCACCGAUCGCCGCCGGUUUACAAUCUCGGUCGUGUGAUUCGCACCUGGGGUCACAGCAAGUCACGGGAAUUCCAGAGGUUAAGCCUCCCAAGUUGGUCAAUAUCGCACGACGUCAUAGCGACAGUUCCUGUAUCGCACCGACCAAUUUACCUAUUCACCAACUCCCUGGCAUCACUAGUAUGCUCCACCGGCGCCGGCUGCGCUCACUUUGCAGACGAUGUCAGUACGGCAGAGCCGCCGCAACUCUGAAUCACUUGUACCCACAGGUACUUGAGAGAUGUCCGGAGCUGUUGGUUCAGCUUCGUUGUCGACAAUUGAUUGAAAUGACCACCAGUGUUAAUAACUGUAUGUUACAGUAUAACUUCAUAAAGAUUCUUACUCACUAUGUUUGCUUGCACACUCAGAUGCGCCGGCAUGCUAUGCGUCGUGGAAGAAGCACUGCGUUUGGCUCAACAGCUUCCGACUCCGCUACUGCUCCUCCGAAGGUACCGAAGACAAACAGUUCUCAACAUGUUCGUUCAAGUUGUUGUGUUCCAGAGAGGACCAACAAAAUUUCCGAGCCUCAUUCCCUAAACAUAUCCGAGAAUGGAACAACAAUCACUGAUAUGGAAGUAGAUUCUGAUCAACCCAGCCAGGGUGGACUGUCAUCCAAUCUCCGUCUGUUCAGCCUUCCUGGAUCAGAUGUUACCAGCGGUCAGGGAGACUCGGACGAGGAUGUGGGUGUGGGUCUCGACGAUAUGGAUGAAGAUGAGGGCGAUGAUGAUGAUGACGAUGGCUUUGGUGUCGAUGAUGAUACUGGGGUUUGCUUCGACUCUGUUCCAUCGCAGAACGGUACCUCAAACAUCCCUACUCAGGAAUCAACAUCAUGUCUCACUGGGAUGGAAGUUGAUCCGCAACCGGAUGGUAGUCAGGCCACCGCAGCACCAGUCGUUGAUGAAAUGUCAAAACCGAUCCCCCAGAUUGUCGAAAAGAGUGAAUUACCCUGUCUUAUGAGACAUGUCCAGUUCGGCCGAUCAUUGGUCAACUUGGUCAAGCAGGUUCGCGCUAAGACUGGUGGACUGUCGUUGGAAACGGAACGCUUGUUGCAGCAAUCCGUCAGUCUUCUCGCCUAUCCGUCACCCAGCGCUCCGGAUUGUCCCCUUCGACAUCUCCUUGAUCCGGCGUGGCGUGACGCAAUAGCUAAUGUUAUCAACAGUGCUGUCCUGAAGGCACAUGAUCUUCCUGUCCAACCCGCUUUGGAACAAGGGCUACAAGCUCUGCAACAUUGCCUCGAUGACCAGUACUUCUUGGAGGCUCAAACUCUUGGUCAUUUUCUUUUGUACCAUUUGGGACCAUCCAAGUUGGCCAAACUGGAACGCGAUGCAGCUGCCCUGGCUGCUGUGAAUCAGCAAAAGGUCACGAAGCGCCAUCGGUCCACUUUGUCAACUUCACACGACGAAUUCGUACCGAGCGACUCGGCUGGUCAAACCAAGUCCCGUAGUUUGGUGCUUAACGGUCACUCUGUCGGUAGACGUCGACGAAGGCGAUGUGACAGGCCAACAGAAGACCCGGAUGAGGGUUCGAACGAUCGGAGUACAUAUGAUGCCGAGGAGUGGAGCUCGUCCUCGCUGGAGGAUGUUUUGAACAAGGCGGAGGACGAGGAUGAGGAAGAUGACGAAGAGGAUGCUGCCGAUAGUGAGCGUUGUCAUGGUGAUGAUGCUGACCCUAAUGACGAUGACGAUGAUGAUGAGAGCGAUGAGCCUCCGGCUGGUGUUCGAUCUCGACGUACUCAUACGGAUGAACCGGGUGAACAGCGUGGUGGAUCCAGUUUGCCCGCUGAUCCGAGUCCAAACGGCAGUACCUCUUCUGGUCGAACACAUUCCGACAGCUCACACAAUGUCGGUCACAGACUCCGUCAGUUUUCCGCUAUUCAUCGACCAGAACCUGGUCAGUCUCGUCUUGGAAGACUGGCCAUCUUGACCAGGUACUGUCCCACAUUGUUGGUCGAUCCCACCUACACUCGGGUGCUCGCUGCUGUUCCGUCUUCCACUGCGUCCUAUUCACGUCGACUGGUCAAUAGCAGUGGUGCUAAUCGUGUAAACGUGCCCGACAGUCCGGUCGUGUAUUUGGACCCCGUUGUCCGACCAACUACGACCACUGCACCAAGGACGACCCGUCCGUCAGAAACGGGAACUCCACCACCACCGAAUCAGUAUAUUGAUUCCGCUUUUAAUGGACUUUUAUCCUUCUAUCCCCAACCUGCUGAAUUCGUGGCUGCAAUGGAUGCAAUGGAUGAUGCAGUAAAAGCCUACGUUGGUUCUUUGCUUGUCACUGACGAUGAACAACAUCUUGACCCAACUCUCCUUCCUCUGAUUAACCGAUCCCACAGAUCUCACCCUCGUGGAGAUGGCCCGCCACCACCAGCUGCCGGGGGAAGUGCUCUAGCCUGAUGUGUUCCACACUUCCAUACUCGGCGAGCUCAUCACAGCCUUUCAUGUAUAAUUUUUUUCACUUCAGAAAUGACUUUAUAGUCUGAGCGAGGGCGGCGAAUCAAUCCAGCAGUUCAGUAACUGAGUUUACAGCCAAUUUAUCUUUGUCUUUUAUUGGACAAUCUGGGUGCUGAUUCCGUUGGUAACCCCCUUCCGUUCUAUCUUGGUCGCAUUUGGCUGAACCGAGAUAGAGAGGAGCCGAAGCUGUCCUUGUGACUCUGUUCCAUUUCCUACUACUUGCUGCCUACUUCCGUUUCCCUUUUGUGCUUGACACUAGUCAUAUGGGAGUUUUGUGCUUUCCAGAAAACGAUUGUGGACACACGCACAAAGACCUUUGUUUCCUUCUUAAACUGGUUUGCAGACAGCUUCUGUUUUCCCCCCUUGUCCGCGGAUUUCUCUUCCAGUCUACUGACACUGUACAAAACCAAUCGUCCCCAAACACUUUAUGGUCAACAGUUUGUGGUGGUGAUGGUGCUGUGUCAACUGACAGUACGACGGUUGUCAUCAUCGGUAAUUCGGUCUUUAUCUUCAACAUUUCAUCCGUGUCUUGGACUGCGAUCUAUAAUAUAUAAACUUUUUCUAUCCGGCGAUCUCUUUUGUCUAAUCUAUCAAUUCUGUUAAUGUGAUCCGAGGGACGCUUUGGGUGUGCCGUCUUUUUUAUCUUCAACAUUUCAUCCGUGUCUUGGACUGCGAUCUAUAAUAUAUAAACUUUUUCUAUCCGGCGAUCUCUUUUGUCUAAUCUAUCAAUUCUGUUAAUGUGAUCCGAGGGACGCUUUGGGUGUGUUGCGCCGUCUUUUCCGAAUUUUUUUUCUCAGUGGCCUUGAGAAAGGACUUUUUGCUGACUGAACAUCCAGUCAGUGUACUUUUCCAUUCACUCAGAAUUGCCACCAUUCUUCUCUUUCUAUCUCUCCACACAAUGCAUUUCCAGUGUCUGCAAACUUGUCAUCGCUUUAGUGUUCAAGAGUAGUCUUU